GCACGCUACCAGGUCACCAGUACGAUCAGCUUUCAACUGUGUUAUCAAGAUGAAUCUAUAUAAGGACAGUUGUUGCACCUAACUUCCCAAACACCCACAGACUCUGGUCAGUAUAGCUAAAGUCAUUAUGCUGGAGAAGAUUGUGCUACUGGCAACGAUUGCCUUAACCGUUUCUCAAGGAGUUCCCCCUCCUUCAGUGGGCGGAGUCUUUGAGGACAAUAGGCCCAAAGUCGCUAAACCAGCUGUGAAUCCCCACAAGGUGGUUCCAAUGGGAACUAUGAAAAUCAAAUUCGGGAACGAGUUCUAUGAUGUGCCUGCAGAAUCGUUCCAGAACCUCGCCAAAGUUUUCGGACUCCUUGAUAAAGAUCACAAUGGAGUGUUUAUGCCGCAGCCAGAAGGACUGCGGGUCUUUAGUGAAACUGACACGGAUGGUAAUCACCUGCUCUCCCCGGGGAAAUAGCAGCCAGCCCCCUCGUCAACUGGCAGGACAAGAUGGCCACGGAUGAGAACGGCAUGGUAUCUGACCAGGAAUUUCUCAAGCUCAUCGGUGCAUUUGAUCUGAAUGGUGAUGGUAAAGCUACCUUCCCGGAGGUAGUCAUAUACACGGCGGGAAAACCUCACACACCCGGACAAGUGUAAGAUUGCACCACGCGGAACAGAUCUCCGGAUACUUGAAAUAAAUCAUGAGAAACGUCAUUAACCAUGUUUUCUGUUCCUUUUACUGACACGUGCCCCAUUCCUUAAUUUUAAGACAAAUGUCUCGAUGGGACACAGAUGCAUAUUGAUGAUCUGGAAAGUGAUUCUGUUUUGAAACGCACUUGUGGUAUAAAUCACUAUCAUUACAACGUGUCAAUGCUUGAUACUAUUGGUAUAUGAAAACGUGUAAGUAUCUUUACCUAAACAUUGCUAAUAUACAAUAAAGAAGUUGAUCAUCCAUAAA